AUGUUGCUGAGGUUUGCGUUCAAUGGCUCAUGGAGGUUUUUCCGCAAAUCACAGAGGCCAUUUAGGGUUAGUUCCAUACGAAAUUUGCUGAUCCCUACAAGUGGUGUCCUUUACCUUACUCAAUUACAAAACACUCGCUUCCGGCUGUUGAAUGAGACUUUGAAGCCUGAUGCUCAUGGUGAUACGUUUGAGAUGGGAUUGUAUUUAUCCUCACAGAAGGAGAUCCAGGAGAAGAUUAGUGAAGCAAGAGAUAGAAAGCUUGACCGUUGCCGAAACGGAUUCACUUUCUAUGCCAAAAAGUUGUUCUUUGUUCUCAAAGAUAAUAUUAUUGAACCAAUUUCAACAUUGUUUCGAUUCCUGGAGCUUUCGGCUAUCUUUUUACCAGUAUUCUUAGCUUAUCCUGUGUCAUUCUUUGGUAGGCAUCGUGCGGUUGAUGGAGAUGAUAAGACACUGGAAACUAGUGGUUCGUUAAUGUGGUACACGAUGUUACGUAAAGCAUUGGAAUGGGCAGGUCCCAGUUUUAUUAAAUUAGGUCAGUGGGCUGGUUCGCGUACCGAUAUGUUUUCCCAUGGGUUUUGUCAUGAGCUUGGUAAGUUGCAUAGUAAUGCCCAUGCUCAUUCUCUGGAAUACACAAGGGAAAAAAUUUGUCAAAGCUUGGGGGAUAAGUAUGAAUUUGAUGAGAUCUUUGAAGAAUUUCAUGAAAAACCACUGGGGGUGGGCGCCAUAGCUCAAGUUUACAUGGGUAAACUCUCAGAGAAGUUCAUCGCGUCUUAUGAAGAUACAAAUACUAAAGUUGGAAAAGAGCUUAACAGAUGGUGUGCCGUGAAAGUUAUUCAUCCACAUGCCAAUAGACAAGUGAAUAGAGACUUGAAGAUCAUGACUUUUUUCGCUAGUGUCAUUGACAUGAUACCGACAAUGGAAUGGCUAUCGCUGCCAAGUGAAGUCGAGAAUUUUAGUAUACUGAUGCGACUACAGCUAGAUCUCAGGAUCGAAUGUUUGAACCUCGGAAGAUUUAACAAAAACUUCAAGGAUUCAAUACAGGUCAAGUUUCCGACAGCACUCCCACAAUUAUCGACACGGGAUGUACUAUUUGAAGAGUACAUUCACGGAUUUCCUAUGGAACAAUUCUUAAGAGUUAAAGAUCAAUUGAAAGACGUUGAACUUUGUCAGGAAGUCAGUAAUCCAUUUAUCGAUGCUUUCUUACAAAUGCUUAUUUUAGAUGAUUUUGUUCACGCUGAUCUACACCCAGGGAACGUUAUGAUUCGAUUUGUCAAGCUAAACAGGUAUGGCACCAAGAUUACGUCGUCCGAAGAUGAAACCUACCAAAUAGUCCACUCGCUUAAGCAUAAACUACGCAACAAAGACCCAGAGUUUCUCGACGAAUUAAAAGAAGUUCUUCAGGACUAUGUACCGCAAAUAUGUUUCAUCGAUGCAGGACUCAUCACAGAACUCAACAAGAAAAACCGUAUCAAUUUCAUUGCACUUUUCAACGCUCUGGCCAGAUUUGACGGCUACCAGGCAGGUGAACUGAUGAUCGAACGGUCAAAAACACCAGAGACAGCAAUUGACAAAGAAGUAUUUGCCCUCAAAGUGGAAAAAUUAGUCAGUAAAGUCAGAAAGCGUACUUUCACCCUCGGCACAGUAUCCAUCGGUGACCUACUGGACCAAAUGCUCUCCAUGGUUCGUUCACACCAUGUCAGAAUGGAAGGAGAUUUUGUCUCCGUCGUCGUAGCAAUCUUACUACUAGAAGGAAUUGGCAGACAACUCGAUCCAGACCUGGAUCUCUUUGCAAGGUUCGUAUCCUACGUUUUAAUCAACGGUUUCCCGACUCUAAUUAUACUAACAGAAUGCAUACUCAGUUCCCUGCCCAUACUACGAGAGUUCGGUCUCCAACGUGAGAGUUCAAGUCUACUCCAUGAUGCAAGCACCCUAUCGAUGCUCAAGAUAUGGUUUGGGCUCGAAGUCCGUUACUUGAUGAGCACGUCGGCCAAGAAGAUCUUUGACCUCGUCAAGACAGAUCAACUGUGUCCUAACUACUAG